AUGCAUUUAUUUUUUACUCUUGUCUUUAUAUCAAUCGUUGGACAUACAGCAACGAAUAAUGUUGACAACAGUAUCUGUAUUAGAUCAUCCUCAAAUUGGUGUCAGUCAUAUCAAACAGCAAAAGCCUGCGGAGUACUUGAUCAAUGUAAAAAUUAUGUUUGGAAUUAUGAUAAUGAUCGCAUUAACUUUUCAUUGUAUUAUGAAACUCUAUGUCCAGAUUGUCGACAGUUUAUACAGACACGUAAGAUAAAAAUACAAAAUUUUGACGAUAGCAUCCGAUAUGAUAAAUUAUGUUUUAUAGAAGUCUGGAAUUCAUAUCAAGCUGUGUUGAGUAUUGUGAAUAUUACAUUUAUUCCAUAUGGCAAUGCCAAAGAACUUUUUCGUCCGGAAACUGGCCUAUGGCAAUUUUAUUGUCAACAUGGUUCAUCUGAAUGUCUUGGUAAUGUAAUUCAUGCUUGUACAAUUUAUUUUUAUCCAGAUAUUCAACAGCAUCUGCCAUUUAUUUAUUGUACCGAAUCGACAGAAGGUGAUGUUCAAGAAGUAGCGGAAGAAUGUGCAAAAAAAUCCAGUGUAGAUAUAGACAAAAUUAAUGCUUGUACACACUCUAAACUUGGAAAUGGUUUAGAACAUACGUACGCACUAAUGACAGAAGCAUUAACACCACAGCACACCUUUGUACCAUGGGUCACAAUAAAUGGGGAACAUACUGCAGAAAUUCAACAGGCUGCAGAAACAGAUCUUAUUGGACUAAUAUGUAAGACGUAUAAGGGUUCAAAUAUUCCUGAUGAAUGCAAAAAACGAUGA